AUGCGCCUGUGUCUCGCGGCCCCGGCGUUGCGCCUGCGCACGACUUCAAAAAGAAAGCGGGGGGCGGGGGAGAGACUCGAGCAAUGGCGGAUUGACUGCGGCUCCUUCCCGCCGUCUUUCGCGAGCGAUCGGUUAUUGUCUGAACUUGAAUCCCCCUCUUGGUGGCCUUUCGGUGGGAAACUCCCCAGGGUCGUGUCCGAAGCAGGGAAGGCAAAGGAAAACCCCGCCGCGUCUCCCCCCAAAAGCAAAGACAGCGUCAUCGUGCACAUCCCCGUCAUCAUCGGCGAACGGACCGAUGCUCACGUCAAACCGGGCAGCCUCACCCUCUUAGUGUCCGGCCUGAGGAUCUGCAACGCCAAGUCCCAGCUGGUCCACUGGUUUGACAAGAGGGACGUGGAUGACGUCAGGGUCCAAACCCCUUACGAGAUCUGUGUCCGCCAGAGGUUUAUCGGCAAACCGGAUAUCUGCUACCGGCUGCUGUCGGCAAAGAUGCCCGAAGCCAUCCCGUUCCUCGAGGUGCAGUUCAGCAAGAAGAUUCAGUUCUCGGAGGAUGCUGUGAGGCUCACGCAGGCUAAGAGGGUUUCGCCGGAGGAGGCCGGGGGGAGCUCCAUUUGGCAAGCAGCCACUGGGUUUAUGGGGAGCCUCGUCCAGACCGGAGCACCACCCGCCGCCUCCUCCUCCUCCUCCUCCCGAGGGAGUGGAGACCACCAGCAAGAGCAGCAGCAGCAGCAGCAGCAACAGGCUCAGGUGCAGAAGGAGAAACAGGUGGUCUCCCAGAGCGAGACGCAGGAAAUCCGCCAGAUCCUCCGGAGGCUCAAAUGCCUGGCCUUGGAGACAGAGACAGAGCUGGAGCGACAGGACGAAAGCCUGGACGUCAUCACGUCCUCCGUGGAUCGGGCCACCAUGAACAUCGACCGGCAGAACCGCAGAAUCCGGAAACUCACCUAGGAAAACCCAUCCCGCCAAGCCAAGAGGAUUUGGGCAGAGGUCACCGUUCAUCCUUUACCUUGGCCGGGGUCGGAUCGAGUGACAAAGCAAAAAUAACGACGAUAAUAAUUCACAAAAGAGGAAGGGGGCUCCCGACUGGGGCAUUUUUAUCAAGCGGAGUUUUGUUUCAAUGGGCGAAGGGGCUCAAGUUCUUUAACGUAAGUCGCGAAGGACCUUUCGGGUUGCGACGAGGGAGAAGAUAAAAGUUGCCAGUCGAAACAACCUCCUUUUGGUUAUUCUCCAGCUGAUCCGAGAACGACGCAUCACGGGGGGUCCCACCCCACCACGCCUUUCGGUGAGGCCCGCUGCGCCCCCCCCCCCGAAGUUACCCACGCAGCCGUGAGAACCUCGGACAGCGCGUGGAAAUGGGGCGACGCGAUUUGCGAAACGUCCGUUUUGAAAUCACCUUUCGGGUACUCCGGCAAUUCCUCUUCAUCACUUCGA